GUCACGAGCCUGCUGCGCAGACUUGGGCAGCCUCAAGAGCCACAUCACAAGCCUUCAGCAGGACCUUGGGAAUCACUACGCGGCCUUGGAAGGUGAUAUGCUCAAUUCGCUUCGAGGGGCCAUUACCUACGAAAGGCUGGAGAUGCGAAAGGGCCCCGUGGGCGAUGGCAACAUGGCCCUGGUGGAGCCCUACUUUCGCCGUAUUAAGCUGACCCCAAGUGCAGCACAGCGGCUUGGGUACGACACCGACAUUGUAGCACACAAUGGCUGGGUUAUGGAUUGGCCAGCCACGGAGGACUUUGCCAUGCCUUCCUGGCGGAUGGUGUACUUGCGCCGGCAGCUGUGUGUGUGGACUGACACGGUGAAGCUGUACUACGGCAGCUGCCGGGAGGACGCUCCAUUCCUGUGGGACUUCAUGACAGACUAUGCGGUGGGAAUGGCGAAGAUGUUCCAUGCCGUUCGUUUGGACAAUGCGCACUCAACUCCGCUCCAUGUCAGUCGGCACGUCCUGUCCCGUGUUCGCGAGGCCAAUCCCCACUGCUGGGUCUUUGCCGAGCUGUUUACGGGGAAUUUCAAAACAGAUCUCCUGUACCAGCGGACUCUGGGCAUCAAUGCGCUGAUCCGUGAGGCCAUGCAGUGCGACAGCCCUCAUGAUCUUGGCCACAAGCUGGAGAGCCCGCUGUGGAACGGCCAUCCGAUCGGAGCCUUGUCGCCAGUUUCGACGCUGGACCGGGCUCCACCCGCCGCCGAACAGAAGCACUUCAGCAAGUGCCCAUCGCGAUCCCUGCUCGCUGCACCAGCUCGAGAGGCACUGCCCCUUCUCCCACGCCACUGUCCUGCGCUCCUCUUCGAUUGUACUCAC